AUGGUAGCCCUAUCCGGGACCAGCAACGCCUCGACCACGCUGGAAGACCAACACCAACCCUCGAGCCGCUCCUUCUUCUCCAGGUUCGCCCUGCCCAUCCGCUCCAGGAGCACCCGCAACGUCGUCGACUUCCACAUCCGCCCGGCCGAGCCACAUCGCAAGUACGGCGCCGGCGACAAUGUGAGGGGCGCCGUGGUCCUGGCCCUCGUCAAGCCCAUCCGAGUCACCCACCUGACCGUCGCCCUGCGUGGCUACGUGCGAGUCUACAAGAGCCCAAACGCCGCCAACGAGCCCAUCAACCCUUCCGAGUUCGACUCGGAUGGCAUCUCCCAGUUCAGGUUUCUCGGCAACGGCUACGCCUCGUUGUUUCAGGAUGAGCAGGUCCUAUGCGCCGACGGGAGGCUGGAGUCGGGCAGAUACGAGUUCAACUUCGACCUCUUAUUCCCCGAGAAGGACCUGCCCAGCAGUAUUGAUUUCGAGCGAGGGAGCAUUGGAUACACAAUCGUAGCGACACUAACCAGACCAACACCCAUAAAUGCGACAACAAGUUGCGAUCGCAAAAUCGAACUGGUGGAGCAGGUGGAUGUUGGUACUCUUCAGGCGCCCCGUCCCCGAACCAUCUAUCUGCAGCCCAUCUCGAAAAGGUCUAAGAAGAAGAAGCCAACCGGCUCGACCGUCUCUGAGAGGGGGACAGCAAUCACAGCAGACGGUGCGGGCGAGUCUUCGUCGGAUUUCGACUCGACAAGAGCGGUAGAAACAUCAACAGAAGGGUCUCUUGUCGCAGACGAUGCAAACCAAGAUGCGCACCACAAUCCGAGGAGUCCUGUCAACAGCGACCUGAGGAGCGAAGUGAGCGGGGACAGUGCUGUGAGCGGCAGCACCGGCCUAAGCUCGAGAGAGCGCGCCGACCCAAAUCAGUCAGGGAGCCUUGGAACCGUCCAGGCCGGCGUGCCGAGGAAAUCAGUAUCGUCCAAAGACAAGACAAUAACAACAACAAUCGAGCUCAUGAAGAGCGGGUGCCUACCCGGCGACACAAUAUCCGUCAAGGUAGAUGUACAGCAUACGAAACGAAUAAAGAGCCUGUACGGAGUCAUCGUCACUUUGUACAGGCAGGGCCGCGUGGAUUCGGCGCCACCGGUCGCCCUGUUCAAGAACAUAUCCAAGGAAGAACAGCGGAGGCUGGAGAAGGAAGAAUAUUAUCCAAAGUCCAAGACCGGGCUAGGCGGACUGUCAUUAUCAUCGGCUGGCACAUGCAGCGUGUUCCGGAAAGACCUCUCGCAGGCAUUUAGCCCCCUGAUUAUCGACCCUGCCACACUGACCGCCAGCGUGACGACCUCUGUCAGGGUGCCUGAAAACUCGUUCCCCUCGAUAAGAGGAGUCCCCGGGGAGAUGAUCAGCUUCAAGUACCGGCUGGAGGUGAUCGUGGACCUGGGCGGCAAGCUUGCAAACGCGAUACAAAUACAGCAGAACCCAAGGGUUGGCCCGGCUGCUGGUGUGUUGACGUCAGGCAGGGAAGGAGCAGCUGGUCUUGCGUCGCUUGACGGCAGUUUGGUCAACACGGACCCCCUGAAGCGGGAGAAAGGGGUCAUAUAUGAUUCUUUUGAGGUGGUAGUGGGGACCACGGACACCAGCCGUCGAGGCAAGGCGGUCUCGUCACCGUCAAAUCUGGGGCAGGACGGCGGGGCGUACAACGAGAACGGGGCGUGGCCUGCAGGAUGGGAGGAUGAAGCUUACGGUGCAGAGGAAGCAUACACACAGGAAUACGUUCCAUACCCCGGCGAGCCCGCAGCUCAAUACCCAUACUGGAACGGAGGGUCCCAGGAGCCGGUCGACCCAGCACCACACUACAUACCACCACCGCCAGAUUUUCCAAAUGAGAGCGGCCUCUCAGAGAAGGAGAGGGUACGACGAGCAGAGCAGAGACUACUGCCCAGCCAACCAGAAGCGCCAGCACCCACAGCAGGACCUUCAGCACCAGCAGCCUAUGGCGGCGACGACGACGAAGCGGCCCCAUCAGCGCCAACGCUCGACGACCUAGCAGCUGGGUCAUCCGGGCCGAAUGGCAGCUCGACGGACGACAAGCAGGAGCUCGAGCGGCAGAGGUUACUGGCAGAAGCGAGCGCACCGCCUGAGUUCCCGGUGGAGGAUGACGCCGGGGUCGGAAGCAGUUUUGCGCCAAGUGCACCGCCGAUGGCUGACGGGCCUUCGGCACCGAUCCUCACAGAAGAGGAAGAGUACGGAGCGUACUUUGCACACCAGGCCCCUGCGACCUCCUCGUUGGAGCCUCUGCCGGCGUAUCAGCGAUGA